AUGUUUAUUUUCGCGGCUCGCAGAAUUUUCUCGAAUAAAGCCUUUCUAAUUCAUAACUCGAUUUUUAAGACAUCUAAUUUACUAAAAGAGAUAAAAGUCCGGAAUCUUUCUUCUAAAAUGUCCAAGUCUGCGUUAGUAAUUCUUGCUCAAGGGUCAGAAGAAAUGGAAACAGUUAUUACUGUUGAUAUGUUAAGAAGGGGUGGUGUGACAGUUACGCUAGCCGGUCUAGACGGAGAUGCACCGGUAUUGUGCUCCAGACAAGUGACAUUAGUGCCUGAUAAAUCUUUGUCUGAUGCCCUUGCUGAUAAUCCUCAAUUUGAUGCUGUAAUUCUUCCUGGAGGCUUAGAAGGAUCAGAACGGCUAUCCAAAUCUGAAGCAGUUGGAACUCUGCUAAAGGAGCAUGAGAAGUCUGGAAAAAUUGUUGCAGCAAUCUGUGCAGCACCAACAGCCUUUGUAGCCCAUGGUAUAGCCAAGGGAAAGAAAAUAACAUCUUAUCCAACAACCAAAGAUAAAAUCACUGAAGAUUACACAUACAUAGAGGGAGAACGCGUCGUUGUUGAUGGCAACAUUGUGACAAGCAGAGGCCCAGGUACAGCAUACUGGUUUGGCUUGACCCUCAUUGAAUUAUUGGCUGGAAAAGAAAAAUCUGCUCAAGUAGAAAAGGGCAUGAUCAUUUCCGGCUAUUGA